CCAAUGAAAGAAAGUCUCCUAUGUGCUGUAUGUGGUGAUAAUGCUGCUUGCCAACAUUAUGGUGUUAGAACUUGUGAAGGCUGCAAAGGUUUCUUCAAGAGAACUGUUCAGAAGAAUGCCAAGUAUGUUUGUCUGGCAGAUAAAAACUGUCCUGUGGAUAAACGAAGAAGGAAUCGGUGCCAAUUCUGCAGAUUUCAAAAAUGUAUGGCAGUAGGAAUGGUCAAAGAAGUUGUACGAUCAGAUAAUUUGAAAGGAAGACGAGGUCGUUUACCAUCUAAACCAAAAAGUCCCCAGGAAUCACCACCGUCCCCACCAGUUAGUUUGAUCACUGCCCUGGUACGAGCUCAUGUUGAUACUUGUCCAGACCUACCCAAUCUAGACUAUAGUAAGUUCCGAGUACCAAGUCUGGAAGAAUCUGCAAGCACCGUUGCUUCUGGUGAAAACUUCAAGAUGUUUUACGACAUUCUCAUUCAAUCCAUUGAUAUCAUUAAAAGCUGGGCAGAAAAAGUUCCUGGUUUUACAGACCUUUGUAAAGAAGAUCAGGAAUUGCUUUUCCAAUCGGCAACCUUAGAACUUUUUGUCUUGAGAGCAGCUUAUAGAAUCCAAGCUAAUGACGAUAAUAUUAUAUUCGAUAAUGGUUUAGUUUUACAUCGGCUACAAUGUCUGGGUAUAUUUGGCGAUUGGGUCAACUCUAUUGUGGACUUUGGACUCAGUCUUCAUCGUAUGACCCUUGACCUGUCUUCUCAUUGCUGUAUGGCUGCUCUGUCUAUGGUGACUUUACGCCAUGGAUUAAAAGAACCACAUAAAAUGGAAGAACUUCAGAUGAAAAUAAUCGAUUGUUUAAGGGAUCAUUGCACCUACAACAGUGAAGCUCAAAAGAAGCCAAAUUUCUUCUCAAAAAUCUUAGGCAAAAUCGCAGAACUCCGUAGCUUAAGCCGCGAAGGACUUCAACGUAUGUUGGAAUUCAAAUUAGAUGAAGUGCGAGCGCCACCUGUUAUAGAAAAUAUGUUUCUUUCCAGUCAACUUCCGUUUUAA